AUGAGUGAUAUAGAACAAAAUACUGAGAAUUAUCAUGAUACAGAGGAAUUUGAUGAUUUUAUAGAAUAUAGUGAAGAUGAACUACAACAAGAAAACAACGAAGAAAGUAAAUCAAAUCAAGAAGUCAUUGAAAUACCUUCCGAUGAACAAGUUCAAGAAGAUAGAAUUAGACAAUUAACAACUACAUUGAAACCAAAUGAAACUGAAACUCAAAAAGUUUUAAGAGCUCAUAUAUCCGUAUUAGUUUCUGCUUUAGGUGGUCCAGAUCACACUUCAACUUUAUCACCACCUCCAUAUAGAUUAGGUCAAGAUGCCCUAGCAUGUUUAAAAGAUUUAAAAAGAUGGAUUAAAUCAGUUGAUGAAAAGAAGAAUUGUUAUGAUGUCGCAUUAGCUUGUUUUACUACUAAUUUAGUUACAAAUGAUUUAAUUGUUAUAUUAUGUCAAUGGGAACAAGAUAUGUCAAAUAAAGUUGAUAUAAGGAAUAAAAUAACAACUGAAAAAAUUAUGCUUUCAUGUUUAGAAUUAUUAGUUUUAUUAACUUGGCCUGUUGAAUUUAGUAAUGCAUUAUCUGAAGAUCAAAAAUUGGAAUAUGCAGAAAUAAAGAAAGCACAUUUAGUUUAUAAGAAAUUUCUAUUAAAUUAUAAUAAGGGUCAAGUAUUAAAAGCAUGUUUAAGAUUGGUUAAACCAAUCAUAGUGAAAUCAAGAAUGGACAGAGAACCAAGAGAUAAUCAAAUUUUGAAACUUGUUUUAUAUUUAUUUAGAAAUAUUUUAGCUAUUGAACCUGCAACAUUAUCAGUAGCUCAAAAGGCAAGUAAAUGGAUAGUUGCAAGUAAAAAUUUACCUUCUAAUGUCACUCAAGAUGAAAUAUCAAUUAAUAGUUUAUUAUCAGUAUUUAAGAAAAAUAAAGUAUUUAUGUUAAUACUUACAAUUUCAAGUAAUAUAGGUUUUGAAUUUGAUAAGGAUAUAUUUGGCGAGAUAUGUUUAGAAUGUGUUUAUUUGUUAUUGAAAGGAUUAGAAUUAAAAGAUAUGUUACCAUUACCACAAAGAGAUUCUACUUCAAUUGAUAGUACUGAACCAUUGCCACUAGUUUCAACACUAACUAUGCAGUUGGAAGAUUUAGUUAAAAAAGAAACUAAGUUGAAAACCAAACAAACUCAAAAUAUCUCAACAAGACAUGGAAGAUUUGGAUCUUUACUUUCAAUUAGAUCAAAUGAUGCAAAUACAUAUGUGAUAUCAGGUCAAGAAGCAUUAUAUACGACUGAUUCAUCAUUAGAUAAAUUAGAUAAAUCAAAGAAGUGGACAAAUAGAAGUACAUUUAAAUAUGAUUCAGAUGAAUAUGUACUGAAAUCAUGUCCAGUUUAUCUUAAUAUUAUAGGACGUGAUGUUUUAACUGAAUUUCUUGAUCAGUUUUUAUCUGGUGGUUGUUUUAAUAAUUUAAUAGAAUGUAUGGCAUCAAAAUUAACAAGUUCAUCUGAUUUAAGUACGCUUGAUGAAUUAUCAAUGGCUAGUUAUUUCUAUACAAUUGCUUGGUUUUUAAAAUAUGAACGUGAAAAAACUGAAAAAGAUUCAAGUUUAAAUUAUGGUUCAAUCGGUGGUGCUUUAAGUGAGAUCAACUUUAUCUUGAUUAUUUCAUAUUUUAGAAAAUCUUAUGAAUUGAAAAAUUGGAAUUCAUUACAUGUUGCCAUGAUUUGUUUUAGAGAAUUAUUACAAAUUUCAAAUUCAAUAUUUGGUAAGAGAAGAGAUGAAGUUCAAAAUGAAAUAGAUAGAGAAUUAGCAGAAGGGAUUAUGAGGAAAUUGUUUUCAUUUAAUGAUAUUUUAAAUAUUGUAGUUCAUAUUCCACAAACUGCUUCAAAACAUUCACCUAACUACUUAAGAGUUUCAAUUUCGGUGGUUCAUAUUAUAUUGAAAGCUUUUGAAACUUUUGCAAAUGAAGAUAUUCAAUUAUAUAUACAAACAAAGAGAAAAAGGAAUAAAAAUCAUAAAAAGAGAAUUAAUGAUUUGGAUAGAGAUACUGAAAAUAUGUUACGUGAUGUAAUUGAAGGCUCUGGUGAUGAAUUUGAAGAUCAAAUUAAACAAGUUACAAGAGAACGUAAAAUAAAUUAUAAAGAUACUGAAAUUAGAUUCUUUCAUCAAUCAAUAGUAACUACUUAUAUUGAAUUUUUAUCAAGGUAUGAAGAUUUAACAGAUAAAGAGAUCAAAAUGUGUCUUUCUUAUUUUCAUAGAGUGUUUAUCAAACGAAAAGAUUAUUCAGGUUUAUUUAGAUUAGAUUUUAUGCAAUUGUUACAAAAAUUAAGAAAUCAUUUACAACGAGGAAGUAGUUUAAGAUUACAAGUUGAAGAAUUUAUCUAUCAUUUUAAUAAGAAAUUUAAAUUGGCAUUGGAAAGAUUUCCAAAUCCUAUUGAGAUAUUGUUCCCAAGAUUUGAGGAUACUGCAAGUAGGAUAUUUUUAUCAACUGGUGAAUUAUAUGAAAAACCAGAGGCAGAAACUAGAGGUCCAAGAUUAGCUAAAGAUUUAGAAUUUGUAAGAAGUUUUGAUUUAGAUAAUAAGAUUAAAAUAUUAAUUAGUCAAUUACAUUUACAACAAAAACAAUUACUUAUUAAAUGGUUAAUAAGUGAACUAGAUAGAAUUAUCAAUUUAAGGAAUUUAGAUUCUGAAGCAAUUUGUGAAUUAUAUCCAACUAGAGAAUAUAGAAGGUUAAUUAUAAACAAUGGUUAUUUAAGAUUAUUAAUAAAAAUGAUUGGAUUUGAAUUACCAUAUACAAUGGAUGAGAAUCCAGAAUUAGGUAAAACAGAUGUUGCAAAACUAGCUGAAAUUUAUGAAUUGAUUAAAAAAUGGGAUUCUUCACAACCUGUAUUAUUUGAGGAUGAUAAAGAACCAUCAUAUUUCUUACGUACAAAAGAAUCAAGUUAUGAUGAAGAUGAUAAUGAAUAUGAAGGCGAUUUUGUUGUGCCUCAAGAGACUGUAGAUUCAGAUAAUAAUUCAGGACUUGAAAUAACUAAAUUAGAUCAAUUGGAAGAAUUAGAAAAACGAUUAUCAAAUUCUGAAAAAGGAAGUAGAGAUAAGGGCAAACCUAAAAGAGUGAGUAAACCAAAACCAAGAAAACCUGUGAAACCUCGAAAAGAAGGGGAGAAAAUUAUACGAAGAAGAUUUCCAAAAUUACUUGAAGAUGAUUCUCAACCUGUUAGAUCUUCUGAAUUUAUACAUGAUUCAGAUAAUGAAUCAGAUGAUGAAAAAGAUAAUGCAUUUUUUGAAAGAGAAGAAAGGUUAAGAAAAUUAAUUAGUGAAUCUGGUGGUAUAGUCAGUGCUGAACAAUUAAGUGAAUUCAAAAAAAUAUGGUCUAAAUUGGAAAAUUCAACUAAUAAAUCAAAAGAAUCAGUUGCUUAUGCUAUGAAAGAAGUUGCAUUAUAUGCUCAAAAUGAAGAUGAUAAGGAAAAAACUUUAAAUGAAAAAAAUGCAAUUAGAGAAACUUCAGCUAAAUUAAGUGAUAAAGAUGCUGAAGAAGAAUUUUCAGUUGAUCCAAGUGACAAAGAUGUAUUACUACAAAAUGAAAGUGAUGAUUCAAUUCUCAGUGAUAAUGAAGUCUCAUCAAAUACAUCAAUUGAAUCAAAAAGAGAAGCAAGAAAACGUAGUAUAGAUGAAGGUUUAGACGAACGAAUUAAAAGGAAAAAACGAAUUAUAAUGGAUGAUGAUGAUUAA